GGCAUUUUUAGGCACAAUGGAAGCAACACAUUUCGGUGUUCGGAACCCUCAGUCAAGACACGUAGUUCAGGUGGACCUAACACGGAACCUCGGAAGUGGAUCGCCACCUCCUCAGAAGCAUCAAAGUCUCACAAUGCAUCGAGAAGACACUCCACCGAAAUUGAUCGCCUCUUGCCAUUCCAUAUCUCAUAUGCAAUCAGGACCCUAGCAAGAUCUUUGACCCGGGUGGUCGGAUAUAGUAGGUGCGAGUACAUGGAUUCCCAAGGUGAUGCUAUUGUGCCCUAGCCACAUCUUACCUUUUGGAUUCAUCCGUGUACUAUUUCAUGCGGCCGUCCCGUACAUUUUCCCAUUUUAGUUGUGUACCCUCUACUUUACUUGUCGUUCCAAUUAUGAGAUUCAUUCUGUCAUUUUCCCCUUGAUUGCGUCUCCUUUUACCAGUUCCGGCACCAGGAAUCGGCCGCGUUUUGAGUCGCCAACCUUGACACUGGCAUGAACUCCGAAGUCUGCCAUAAAUGUAUAUAUUCCCUUCGUCGAACACAUGUCAUGAUUCUGCUGUGUCUCAUAUACCGAAACUAUUGGACUUAUAUAUGAGUUGAAAUAAUCAGCGAAAAAACGGAAAGUCUCGGGAAUUGGGGAUCCGGUUUGUGGGGGAACCCUUUUUCCUAUUUACGGAGAAUAUUAUUAAAUAAUGGAAAAUAAUAUCAUCAUCAUUUCGGAGAACGUUCUCCGGUUCUGCUCGUUCGUCGCUCGAUUCUUGACCAUUUCUGUUCUCCCAUUUCCUUCGUUGCAGCCGGACAAUGCAUUUUGGCAGCGUGCAAAACCCCCUUUCGUGUGUUCGCAUCGUGUCUUUUGUAACCCUCUGAAGCCAGUACUCCCUCCCUGACGAUGAGUGCUGCUCUCUCCCGUGUUGCCUCCCUUUGUCUUGAUUAUCCGUGGCUGAAUUCUCUCGUUCUUACCUUGUGAUUUUUACUCGAGAGGUCGUAGAUUCUGUCAUUUCCGCGUCAUCGACACAUUGUGAUGACCUGCAUGAUUUGCCGUUGUGAUUUUCAAGCGCGUCGCGGAGUCGGCUGCCUUACCACGUGAAUUUGUGGUGUUGCGCCUGGGACUGUACAUCUGGGAGCUUUUGUGUAAGCCUUGUGAGCUGGCUUAUCGAUUAGGAGGUCGGCUCAGUGUUGAGCUGUGCUGCCGUAGAUCUUCGCGGCUCUGGACAAUUUUAUGUUCCGUUCUCUGGAACGAGUCGCGCAUCUGGUGAAGGAUUGAGGUGGAGAGAGAAGCUGGACGCCAUGGAAGCCGUAGUGAACGCGGACACUGCAGCUGCAGAGGCCCCCGUCGAGGAGAACAAGAAACGAAGGUUGAAUGAUGACAAUAAUGGAUCUUCGAUUGUUUUGUCAAGCGAAGAGUUGAAGAAGCUUUUGGAGCCUCUCAGUAAAGAGCAGCUCAUCACGCUUCUUGCAGACGCAGGUUCUCAAUUUUCUGCGGUUGCAGAUGAUAUUAGAGAUGUUGCAAGCAAGGAUCCUGCUCAUCGGAAGCUGUUUGUGCGUGGCCUGGCUUGGGAGACCACUUCACAGGCUCUGCGUGAUGCGUUUGAGCAGUAUGGCGAAAUCGAAGAAGGUGCCGUUAUUACUGACAAGGCAACGGGAAAAUCUAGAGGAUUCGGUUUCAUCACUUUUAAGCAUAUGGACUCUGCGCAACGUGCUUUGAAAGAACCUAGCAAGAACAUCGAUGGGCGUAUCACUGUCUGCAAUCUGGCUUCAAGCGGAAGUACGACCACUGCCACCGAUCAAGCGCAGCGAAAACUGUAUAUCGGAGGGUUGUCGUAUGAGACAUCAAGUGAUACUUUAUUGACGAUAUUCUCCCAGUACGGAGAGAUCGAGGAAGGUGCAGUCGCUUACGACAAGAAUACGAACAAGUCACGGGGUUUUGCCUUCGUUACAUUCAAGACUCUUGAGGCAGCAAAGCGGGCAAUGGAUGAUCCUAACAAAAAUAUUGAAGGAAGGCACGUCAUUGUCAAACUAGCUGCAGAAGGACAAAAGGAGAAAGCUGCGGCGCAGGCUGCAGCAUUACAAGUGCAAGUGGCAACCCAGGUGCAACCAGGCUAUGCAACUGUAACUCCAAAUCUUGCCUCGUACCCUAGGGCUCAGGUAGCAGCUCCCCAAGCCCCUACUCUUGGUUUUGCCACGUAUACUCCAGGAAUUGCAUACACCACACAGCCUGCUUAUGCUGCCCUCUCAGCAACAACACAGUAUGCUACUGCCGGUCCUCAGUACAAUCCUGCACAGUACGCGCAGUAUGCAUCUGCAUUUCAAGCCCAACAAGCCCCGCAGGGUGGGUUGCCUACAGGUGCGGGUGGGGGAGGUCUACCUUACUACACUGGUGGGACAUAACACAGACGUGGAUCUCGGUAGAAGAAAGGAAGGGAUGAUACGGGUGUGGGAGUAUGGAACACUGUCGAAAAUG